AUGUACUUGCAAAAACUACGCUACUUCCCAAACGAAAUCUGGCUAUACACAUUUCGAAUAGACCGGCUGCCGCGAUCUUCUGAUCGUCGCAUUGCCCUUUCGUUCAUCUCUCAAAAUCCAAAGUCCAUAGAAAUGCAGAUCGAAACACAAUACGAGGAUGCGGAGGUUUUCACGACUAUGCGUGAACAUGAAUACGCUACCAUAGUGUUCAGAAACAGAACCAAUGAAGUUCCAGUUAAACAUGAACAUGCAAGCGAAUUUUCAGCGGCAUCUCUGUCAGUUAGAGCACAGAAGAAAAUCGCUAGCAAACUUAGUACCAGGAAAACUACAAAACUCUUCUUGAAAGAUUCUAUUGAUCAAUGUUUCGACAGCUUUUACCAUGUUCUACGAACUUACUAUUCAAAGAAGGACUCUGAAAAGGUUAUCAAGAACAUAAUCAAACUAUCCGUCAAGUUAGCUAUAUUAUCUCUAAACGACAUGCUAUCGAAAGAAGACCUGGAGAGAUUGGACGAUGUUCAAAGGCAAUUACAUAGCCUCCUUCUGACUGUUGUGUCUUUCGUAAAGGUUGAGUAUUCUUUCGAGCGAACGCAUCUCAUCGAACUGUUAAGGAAUAUGCAAAGUUCGCUUGUUCCACUCGUUUCACUGAAGCUAUCUGAUAAAUCGACAAAACGCUUGGAACAUGUCAUCAGUCAUGUGACAAAAAUCGAGUUCCUUGAUGGACUUUUUAAGGUGAAUGGUCCCCAUGCAGAUGUACUGGACGAAUUCAUAACAAGGCUAGAAAGUCUGCUUGAUUCUGGGGAUUUAUAGUCCUCUUUCUCCGCCUUAUAAAAUAACAAUGUUUGCUGUACAUUGCUUCAAACCAGUGAUAUACGUUGACUUAUGCCUUGUCCAUCUCUCCCAGGUUGUCACAGUAAAAAGCACUUCACUGGCAUUUGCUAAUUUUUGAUCUUGUUUUGUUGUUGUGAUAUGAUUACCUUGCCCUCUGUAUCAUAUAAUGGCCAUGCUCAGGUCACAAAAAAGAAUAAA